AUGUCAGCUGGGUCUUCUCCGUCGCGACAGUUGAGCGAGAGCUUGGGCAAAUUCCACAUAAGUUCGCCCAAGUUCAAGCCAUAUGUAGAAAAUGACGACUUUCAAGAUUCAGAGUUCAAUUCUCAGGUACAAGGCAUCCCAAGUGGCAAAAGCUACGUUAGCAAGCUCGGAAAUUGGUCAGUGAACUACGGGACUGUACAGCAACAUGAUGCCGACUCAGAAAAUGUUGAGCCGCCGCAGUGGAAACAGUACAUGCAAGAACAGGAAGAACGCCAGGAUUUGCGCAGAAAGGCUUUCAAGGGACUCAAGCCUCGCGACGACCUUGUAGUCACGUCCUCGUUGAGCGAUAUAUCGCUAAUUCCUACCAAUACUUUUAAGAACCGUGGUAGCAGGCCGCCAAACGUGGAUUCUGAGCGCAGUGUUGUCCAGGACCGAGAUUCAGCAAUUGACACUGAUGUGGAUCCGGCUCGAGAAGCACUUGGAGUUUUCAACAAUGUUCUGCGUCAUCAGAGAUCAAAUUUCUUUACGGAAGAGCCGCAAGAUCAGUCGGCCAGAUCGGUAUCAGAAGAAUACGACUCGACAGGCUCUACUGGAUCAAGCUCAUCUUAUGAUUCAUUUGACCCAUCGGUAUCUCCCAGCUUGCGUCAGCGUGAUUCUGAGCAGCCUAAAUUAAAUUCAAAUGGCUUCUCAAAGCCACAGAAGACCUCUCCGAGACGACCGUUGAAAUUAAUUACACCUGAAGACGCAGGAAUGGUUUUCAAUUACAAAGAGGGUGUAUGGGAUCAGCCAUCUGCUGCGGUAGAUGCUUCCACUAGCGGUGCUCAAGACGAGUCUUCGGAAGCCAAAAUUGUAUCCUUCAAGUUGCCGCGCACCAGACCCGACCAAUCCAUCAUUGACGACACACCAUUGUCAACCCCAAGGAUGGAUCAAAAAUUCAUGGCAUAUGAUGAAACUGAUAAUUCUCAAAGUAGGUCCACUUCUGGUAAAAGCACCACCACAAUGCGGACUGCCUCAGUCAUGCCUGCUGACACGACCCAUAACUUGGUUGAUAAUGUGACCAGCAUUUCUGAGUUAGAUACAUCUUUUCGCAUCGCACGAGGCGCUGUGGUGUCUGCAUUGGUGGAUACGAUUCCCAGAAAAGAAAUCUGGGAGCGUAUAUCUGAGCUGUCUCUCAAGCAAAAACAUCUUGAUAGUCUAGUGGGGCUUAACGAUAUGACACCGGCAGUCUCAGAACUUGACGUUUCGCACAACAAAAUAAACUCUUUGCAGGGGGCUCCUGUCCACCUCGUCAAAUUAUGCUGCGCUCACAAUCGAAUUGGCUCUUACUGUCGAUUGGACUCGCUAGAACAUUUAGAGGACCUGGACCUUUCGCAUAACCUUUUGUCCACUAAUUUAUCUCUUUUGGCGGGAUGCAUUCAUCUUAGAAAUGUCAAUCUCUCUCAGAACGGCAUCACUUCGUUGCAAGGAUUAUCAGAGUCAAGAGCAAGAAUUGAAACCCUGAAUAUGUCACGUAACAGGCUCAUCGGUCCACUCGAUUUUGCAGAAUUGGCUUCUUUGGAUGCGCAUAAACCUAAUUUUUUGACAUAUGUGCGCGAACUUGAUCUAAGUGGUAAUAAAAUCACGAGAAUAAAGAAUUUACAUCUCUUGAAGAAUCUCAGUGUACUGCGACUGGAUGGUAACCCACUGGAAUCGCUAGACGGUAAUAGCAGUCGAAGUCUAAGAACACUAGGCGCUCUUGGCUGUUCUGCAUUGAGGUCCUUAGGAGACUUUCCGCGGUUGCGUAUUCUACGGGCAAGCGGAGAGAGCUUACAAAUAUUGAAACUGCCAGAAACACUGGAGCAUUUCGAACUCGUGGGCGCGCCUUCGGAAGCUAUUCCCUGGGGUAGUUUGCCACCAGCCCUCCGCAGACUCCGAUUAAAUCGAACAAACAUUAAUGAACUUCCGAAGCAUUUUGCUGCACAGUGUCCUGGAUUACAGUCUUUGCUGAUUUCUGAAAAUGACUUCAAAGGCUUUACAAGACUGAUGGAAAGGUUGCCGGGGAACUUGCAGGUGCUGGACAUCCGCAAGAAUCCAUUAUCGCAGCUUCAGCAAGAAAUAGAUCGCGAAGCAAUGACCGAAGCAAUAGCUUUGGCCUUACCCACUCUCAAAAAGGUCUUUUUAUAA